ACAAUAUAUUACCUCUGGAUGUGUCCUCCAGGCAAGGUGAAGGAGAGACAGGACACAAUAUAUUACCUCUGAAUGUGUCCUCCAGGCAAGGUGAAGGAGAGACAGAGGACACAAUAUAUUACCUCUGAAUGUGUCCUCCAGGCAAGGUGAAGGAGAGACAGGACACAAUAUAUUACCUCUGAAUGUGUCCUCCAGGCAAGGUGAAGGAGAGACAGGACACAAUAUAUUACCUCUGAAUGUGUCCUCCAGGCAAGGUGAAGGAGAGACAGGACACAAUAUAUUACCUCUGGAUGUGUCCUCCAGGCAAGGUGAAGGAGAGACAGAGGACACAAUAUAUUACCUCUGAAUGUGUCCUCCAGGCAAGGUGAAGGAGAGACAGGACACAAUAUAUUACCUCUGAAUGUGUCCUCCAGGCAAGGUGAAGGAGAGACAGGACACAAUAUAUUACCUCUGACUGUGUCCUCCAGGCAAGGUGAAGGAGAGACAGGACACAAUAUAUUACCUCUGACUGUGUCCUCCAGGCAAGGUGAAGGAGAGACAGGACACAAUAUAUUACCUCUGAAUGUGUCCUCCAGGCAAGGUGAAGGAGAGACAGGACACAAUAUAUUACCUCUGAAUGUGUCCUCCAGGCAAGGUGAAGGAGAGAGGACACAAUAUAUUACCUCUGAAUGUGUCCUCCAGGCAAGGUGAAGGAGAGACAGGACACAAUAUAUUACCUCUGAAUGUGUCCUCCAGGCAAGGUGAAGGAGAGACAGGACACAAUAUAUUACCUCUGAAUGUGUCCUCCAGGCAAGGUGAAGGAGAGACAGGACACAAUAUAUUACCUCUGACUGUGUCCUCCAGGCAAGGUGAAGGAGAGACAGGACACAAUAUAUUACCUCUGAAUGUGUCCUCCAGGCAAGGUGAAGGAGAGACAGGACACAAUAUAUUACCUCUGAAUGUGUCCUCCAGGCAAGGUGAAGGAGAGACAGGACACAAUAUAUUACCUCUGACUGUGUCCUCCAGGCAAGGUGAAGGAGAGACAGGACACAAUAUAUUACCUCUGAAUGUGUCCUCCAGGCAAGGUGAAGGAGAGACAGGACACAAUAUAUUACCUCUGAAUGUGUCCUCCAGGCAAGGUGAAGGAGAGACAGGACACAAUAUAUUACCUCUGAAUGUGUCCUCCAGGCAAGGUGAAGGAGAGGAGACAGGACACAAUAUAUUACCUCUGAAUGUGUCCUCCAGGCAAGGUGAAGGAGAGACAGGACACAAUAUAUUACCUCUGAAUGUGUCCUCCAGGCAAGGUGAAGGAGAGACAGGACACAAUAUAUUACCUCUGAAUGUGUCCUCCAGGCAAGGUGAAGGAGAGAGAGGACACAAUAUAUUACCUCUGGAUGUGUCCUCCAGGCAAGGUGAAGGAGAGACAGGACACAAUAUAUUACCUCUGAAUGUGUCCUCCAGGCAAGGUGAAGGAGAGACAGGACGCAAUAUAUUACCUCUGAAUGUGUCCUCCAGGCAAGGUGAAGGAGAGGCAGGACACAAUAUAUUACCUCUGACUGUGUCCUCCAGGCAAGGUGAAGGAGAGACAGGACACAAUAUAUUACCUCUGAAUGUGUCCUCCAGGCAAGGUGAAGGAGAGACAGGACACAAUAUAUUACCUCUGACUGUGUCCUCCAGGCAAGGUGAAGGAGAGACAGGACACAAUAUAUUACCUCUGACUGUGUCCUCCAGGCAAGGUGAAGGAGAGACAGAGGACACAAUAUAUUACCUCUGAAUGUGUCCUCCAGGCAAGGUGAAGGAGAGACAGGACACAAUAUAUUACCUCUGAAUGUGUCCUCCAGGCAAGGUGAAGGAGAGAGAGGACACAAUAUAUUACCUCUGGAUGUGUCCUCCAGGCAAGGUGAAGGAGAGACAGAGGACACAAUAUAUUACCUCUGAAUGUGUCCUCCAGGCAAGGUGAAGGAGAGAGAGGACACAAUAUAUUACCUCUGGAUGUGUCCUCCAGGCAAGGUGAAGGAGAGACAGGACACAAUAUAUUACCUCUGAAUGUGUCCUCCAGGCAAGGUGAAGGAGAGAGAGGACACAAUAUAUUACCUCUGAAUGUGUCCUCCAGGCAAGGUGAAGGAGAGACAGGACACAAUAUAUUACCUCUGAAUGUGUCCUCCAGGCAAG